UAGAACAGCCCUUAACACCUGUUCGUAGAUAAGACGCGUCUUAGCUAAGACGAGAAAAACUUCGUAUAAAUGACCUUCGCGUCUUAAAUAAGACGCGAACGCAUAGUACGCAUGCGUUAAUUUUUGCUAAGACGCGUCUUAUUUUAGAACAGCCCUUAACACCUGUUCGUAGAUAAGACGCGUCUUAGCUAAGACGAGAAAAACUUCGUAUAAGUGACCUUCGCGUCUUAAAUAAGACGCGAACGCAUAGUACGCAUGCGUUAAUUUUUGGCGCGCCACGCUGGAUUGCCGUUGCUACGGGCAACAUUCACAUGAAAACGAGUCAAGAACAGACUAAGACGCGAACCAUUUAUACGAGCUGUUCUCGUCUUAGAUAAGACAUGCUCGUAUAAAUGGUACAGUUCGCGUCUUAUUUAAGACGUGUCUUACUUUUCUUCGUAAAUGGCCCUAAUGUCUCCUUUGUCUUUUUUCUCGUUGAGCUUCGCUGGCCUGCCGCCUACUUUCUCUUUUUCUCUCUCUUUCUGUUGCUCUAUAUUCCAAAUUUGUGGACAUGACAAUUAAUCUAUUAGGAUACAGAAGCAAUCUCCGAUUUCCGUUUUCGUCUUUAUUGACUCUUAAAUUGUCUCUGCUUUACAAGACGCCGGUGGCUAUGCGAUUUCCCGCCAAAAUAACCUCGAGUUGCAUUUGGGUUGCCAUACCUUUUGAUUGAGUUAUUUUACAUUGGUAUGCCUGUGGUGCGGACAAACGGUCGCUCGGUCGCUCGUUGUACGGUCACGUGAUUAUCAAAUUUUCUAGGAUAGGUAGUAGGGCUCCGCACGCGCGCGUGGAGCUCUGCUAUAAUUAUUCUUGACUACUGAUCUUACUGAAUUUCACUCACUGCACUCUUUAGGCUGGUCACAUUUUAUCAAUUCACUCAAAGCAUAAACCAAGGCUGAUACGAUGGAUCAUUUGGUCGAUUCUUUUGGUAUGAAUCUACAAGAACUCAUAUCAAUAAUCACCUUCAUAUUCAGAUCUAUUUCCUUUCCGUUCUACUAGCUAUUCUUAAAGGUCCUAAAUAUUUUGUCAGUAUGGAAGCCUAGCAUCACAACCUGUAGAUUUCUGUUCUCUUAAUUUCAAAUACGUUGCUUCAUGAACGUGGGGCCGGGUGUGACUACUAUGUAAGGACUAGAGGGAAACUUUACAAGAUUUCCAAACUUUAAGACGCAGCUAAGAUCAUAUCCUUUUAAUAUUUUCAUUAAGUCGUUAUGAAUUUGUAAUUAUAUCUCUUAUUCUGUAUCUAUGGACAUAUCUCUACUUUCAAUUAUUUAUUUUGAUUUAAUUUGAAAUAAUAUCUUGUUUAAUUGUUUCUUUUUUUUUCCUUUCGAGGAUAUUUUUUUGUUAACCUACUCUUAAAUUCGAGUUUAAGUAUAGCUCAUCUAUGGUGUGUCGUUGUCAUCAUCAUCGACGUCAUUAUCAUCAUCAUCAUCAUCAUCAUCAUCAUCAUCAUCAUCAUCAUCAUCAUCAUCACCGUCCUUGUUAUCGUCAUUAUCAUUGCCAAGGUUAAGGGAAAAAUUAAUCAGUCGAUUCACCGAUAACCAGUUAAUAAAAAGCGGGGUUAAGUUUUAUAUGCAAGAUUGAGGAUACUGAGAGUGUUUACUGCCAUUUUUAAACACUUUCAGGCUGCAAUCACUGUUGGCUUAUGCGGAGUUUCCAUUAACGAGGGCAUCGUUCCAAUCAACAAGAACUUAUGGUAAGGUCACACUACACUGUCUACAGAUGAGGCCCACGUAUAAUUUUAGUAUAAAGAACGAGUUUCAUAUGUUUUUUUAGGUCAGUGUCGUUCAUCUUGGCCACGGGUGCUACUUCUUUUUUCUUGUUUGCUAUUUGCUAUAUCUUGACGGAUGGUCUCGAUUGGUGGAACGGUGCACCGUUCUUUUACACAGGUAACAAGCAUGUUCAUUAAUUUGGCGACACAAUUACAGUGGUUUAUAAUCAGUUCGUUACUCAAAGUCUUGGGAGUCUAGGAGUCACAGUCCAUAUUUUAUCACUUGCCCCCAACCCCCUGGCACCAACCUCCCAGUAUACUUUUGGCAAGGUCGGAAUUUUCUAAUGGUUAUUUACCUGGUUAAGCGCAAGAAAACAUGGAGUGUUAUUAAAGAGCUCCUGCGUGUUGCACAUUUUAUUUCCUUAUGGUAUUUUCUAUGCAGAUAAAAUAGGAAAUAAAUAUUAAAGGAUUUAAUGACAUUAUAAAAUGUAAAAAUAAUUAAUGAAUGCAGGAAUAAAAGUUUGAUUAAGAGUCGCGCUCCUUCUGCUUUGUGUUUUCACUCAGAAUGUUUUAUUCGUAUCAGGUAUGAACUCCAUUCUGGUGUACGUAGGUCACCUUAUUUUAUGGCGACACUUUCCUUUUAGCUGGGAAAUGGAUGAGUAUGGUGGCCAUGGAGAGAAGAUGGCAAUGAGCAUGACAGGAACAACUCUUUGGUGUUUAAUAGCUUAUUAUCUUUACCGCAAAUACAUCUUCCUUAAAAUUUAG